CAAGCAGAAACUAUAACAAUUGAUUUGAUUGAAAUGCAUUACGUUAUAUUACAGCGCAUCAAAAGACAGAAUAAGUCAUCAGUUUUGGGAAGUGGAAGACUGGAAUGUACUUAGUCUAUUGAUUCAUCUUCUUCUGGUUUUGUUUUGCAGAACCUUGUUUUGCUCUUCUUUACUUAAACCCAAAAACAACACUAUUUUUUUCUCUCCAACGAUUCUUCUCUUUCCAUUUUCCAACUGAACCCACAUUCCCAUUCUCACCAAAAUGCAUUCCAAUCACUUGCUUCUUGAGGAGCCCAUUCGGAUGGCUUCCAUUUUGGAGCCUUCCAAGGCUAGCUUCUUUCCUACGAUGACUAAGAUUGUUGGUACUCUGGGUCCUAAGUCUCGAUCUGUACAAGUUAUUUCUGCUUGUUUGACGGCUGGAAUGUCGGUUGCUCGGUUCGACUUUUCAUGGGGUAGCCCGGAUUACCAUCAAGAGACUUUGGAAAAUUUGAAGAUUGCUGUUAAAAGCACCAAGAAACUUUGUGCUAUUAUGCUGGAUACAGCGGGUCCUGAGGUGUUGGUUGUAAAUAGAAGUGAGAAAUCUAUCUCUCUUCAGGAAGAUGGGUUUCUUGUUCUAACACCCAAUCAAGAACUAGAGGCAUCUUCCGAGCUGCUACCUAUAAAUUAUGAUGGACUUUCAAAGGUCGUUAAGAAAGGAGACACCCUUUUUCUUGGUCAGUACCUCUUUACUGGAAGUGAAACAACAUCUGUUUGGUUGGAGGUUUUCGAAGUGAAAGGAGAUGAUGUUGUUUGUGUGGUAAAGAACUCUGCCACUUUGGUUGGUACAAUGUACACUUUGCAUGCUGCUGAAAUUCACAUUGAUCUUCCAACACUUACUGACAAAGACAAAGAGAUCAUAGCUACGUGGGGAGUAAAAAACAAGAUUGACUUCCUCUCUCUAUCACAUGCUAGACAUGCAGAAGAUGUUCGACAAGCUCGACAAUUUCUUUCUAAGCUAGGCGACCUUAACCAAACUCAAAUAUUCGCAAAGAUUGAAAGUGUAGAAGGAUUGACCAAUUUUGAUGACAUACUACAAGAAGCAGAUGGUAUUAUUCUUGCUCGUGGCAAUUUGGGGUUAGAUCUCCCACCUGAGAAGGUGUUUUUGUUUCAGAAAACUGCCCUUUAUAGAUGUAAUAUGGCUGGAAAGCCUGCUGUUUUAACUCGUGUGGUAGACAGCAUGACUAACAACUUGAGACCCACGCGUGCAGAAGCUACUGAUGUUGCCAAUGCUGUACUUGAUGGAAGUGAUGCAAUUCUUCUUGGGGCUGAGACAUUGCGUGGAUUAUAUCCAGUAGAAACCGUUUCUACCGUUAGUAGAAUAUGUGCUGAGUCAGAGAAGGUCUUCAAUCAAGAUUUAUAUUUCAAGAAGGCAGUCAAACACAUCGGGGAGCCAAUGUCACAUUUGGAAUCUAUUGCCUCCUCAGCGGUUAGGGCAGCCAUCAAAGUGAAGGCUUCCGUGAUUAUAUGCUUUACUUCAUCUGGAAGGGCUGCUAGAUUAAUUGCAAAGUAUAGGCCAACAAUGCCUGUUAUAUCUGUUGUCAUUCCAAGGUUGAAAACAGAUCAACUAAGGUGGAGUCUGAGUGGGGCAUUUGAGGCUCGACAAUCACUGAUUAUCAGAGGUCUUUUUCCUGUGCUUGCUGAUCCUCAACACCUAGCGGACUCUAACAAUGCAACGAAUGAGUCUGUUCUGAAGGCUGCUCUAGAUCAUGGAAAGUCAGCAGGAAUCAUUAAGGCACAUGACCGUGUAGUGGUUUGCCAGAAAGUUGGGGAUGCAUCAGUAGUAAAGAUUAUCGAGCUUGAAGAUUAAAAUGCCAUCUUCACCUCUUGAACCUUGGGACCACCAUCCCACCACCUUCCCUCAAAAUUUUUGAAGAGCUUCUGGUCCUCCAAUUGCUGUCAUCACCUAUUGCAUAUAUACAAACUUGAAGUUUGGAGAAUUAAUUGUAGCUUGGUGAGUAAUUAUCUGUGUAAACCGACUCUUGUUGGAUCAUUUUUGUCUUUCUUAGAAGCCAUAUGAUAUUUAUGUAAAACCUCCAUGGAUGAUUGAAGUUAUUCAACAAACUACUUGAUCAUCAUUGAUUUCUUCACUGAGAUUUUAGAAUUUC